CCGCGAAGGCCAUCAUGAGAGCUUUCCCCGCGUUUCUGUAUCCUCUUGUCGGAGUGCAUCUCCUUGAUCAAGUUGGAGUUGUUUCUUGAAUGAUUCCUGUCGGUCCAUCGGCAGCACCAUCAAGAUGAGCAGUUACACAUACAUCUACAACUCGCAGCUGGAUGCGUUCUCCCUGUACCACCUCACCCACGAGCAGGCGACAAAGCCCAGCGCUCUGGGUCCCGCCUUGCCGGCGCUCGGUCACGCAACGUCCGGCGCAUUAGGAACGGCCGUCUCGAAGCUCAUCACAUACCCUCUCGACCUCGUCGUUACGCGGCUGCAAGUGCAGAAGCAGCUCCAGGGCGAGAACGAGCGGCCGAGGUACAAUGGCAUCCUCGAUGCCAUCGAGAAAAUCUACGAGCGCGAAGGAGGACUGUCGGCCUUCUACAAUGGCAUGCCGCACGAGGUGUUCAAGGGCGUCACGGACAGCUUUCUGUUCUUCCUCGCAUAUUCGUAUGUGAGGCAGAGUCGGCUGGCCGCGAACGGUGGACGCAAGAGCCUGGGAGCUAUGGAAGAGAUUGGUGUGGGUGUGGUGGCCGGCGCCUUCUCCAAGCUCUGCACGAUGCCCAUCCAGAACAUCGUCACCAGGAAGCAGACAGCAGCAAUGACGGCACUCGAAGGAAGCACAGGCAUACCACCAGCCUCAAGCACACGAGACAUUGCGUAUGAGAUCAGGAAGGAGAAGGGAUUGCAGGGCUUCUGGUCAGGCUACUCCGCCAGCCUCAUACUGGCGCUCAACCCAUCUCUCACCAUGCUGCUGCACAAAGUGCUGUUGCGACUCCUAGUAUCGCAGGGCAAAAGUGAUGACCCCGGCGCACGCGUCACGUUCCUCAUCGCGGCGACGAGCAAGGCAUUGGCCUCCACCAUUACCUACCCGUUCCAGCUUGCUAAGACACGGGCUCAGGUCUCGUCCCAGAAGCCUACUGAGGUCACUGGUGAGACAUCAGAAUUCGAAAAGGCAGAGAAGCCAUUGAGGUCGAAGGCUAUCCGUGCCAGACAGCGUACUGUGUUCGCUACUGUUUUACGCAUUGCACAGACCGAAGGCUUCGCGGGCUUGUACCAGGGUCUUGGUGGAGAAGUGCUGAAAGGCUUCUUUUCGCAUGGUAUCACGAUGCUGAUGAAGGAGCGUAUUCACGCCGUCAUCAUCAACCUGUACUAUGCGGUCUUAAAGUCAAUGGAGAAGUUCCCUAGCCCUGAGGAGCUCAAGCAGAUGGCAGCGGACAGCAUCGAAGAUGGCAAGGAGCGGGUGGGUGAUACCUACACGAAGGGCGUUGAGGUUGCUGGACAAGCGGCUGAGAAGAUUCAGGACGCAGUUGCACAGGGAUCUGAGCAGGCCCAAAACCUAUACGAGAGCGGCAAGGAGCAGGUCGGCGAGGCAUAUAACAGGGCCACCGAGGCAACGCAGUCUGCAACGUCGACUGCACAAGACGCAGUGAGCAGCGGUUCGCAGAAGGCGCAAAGCCUGGCAGAAGCUGGAAAGGAGCAGGCUCGCGGAGUGUAUGCGAAUGCCGCCGAGACAGCACAAUCCGUAACAUCAGCUGCACAAGAGCAAGCGAGUGGAGCAUACAAGAAAGCAGCUGAAGCAGCUGAGUCGGUCACGUCAACAGCGCAGAGACAGGCCAGCGACGCAUAUAACAAGGCAAGCGACGCAGCACAGUCCGCGACCUUGACUGCCCAGGACCCGGCCAGCGGUUCGUACGCAAAGGCGACCGAGUCAGUAGAGUCAGCAUCCUCAACAGCACGGGGACAGGCUAGCGAGGUUUACAACAGGUAUACCCAAGCAGCAGACUCAACGACAUCCAGCGCCCAGCAAGCCGCCAACACUGGAUCGCAAUCUGACAGUCUGGUAGAGAAGGGCAAGGAGAUCGCAAACAAUGCUCAAGAGCAGUCGAGGGACAUCGCAGACACAUAUGGUAAACACGAGUAAUGGUUUAAGCAAGGAUGGACAGCAGCAGAUUGCACAUAUACCCAGGUUUUCUUCUCACAUGUAUACGGUGGUUUCAUGAAGGUGAUUGGGAUCCCAUGACCGUUGGCAGCAGCCUAACGUUGAAAAUUGCAUGUGACGCCCAAGGUUGUAAUGAUUCACACCAGGAAUAUGGCUUUCUGAUGGAGACAGUUGAAACGCAGAUUUGGCGAGAGUGUCGUGAACACCUCCAGCCUGGGUCUUGGAUCCACGAACAUGCAGCCGUACCUUCCUC